GAGAACCCGUCGAAGAAGAAGUCACAGUCAGAGCUGGAGCGAGCUUGCGCCGCUCAGCAUUACAAACAUGGCGUCGUUCAGUAAACACCUGACGGCCAGAAACUCUGCCUUAGCAGGAGGUUCUUUACUGCUGCUGUACAUCCUGAGGCAGAGGAGACGGAGCCGCAGACAGGAGGGGAAAGGAGGCUCUGAUGUAGCGCUGAACACAGAGAAGGAUAGCAAAAAAGACCGCGCAGCAGUCGACAAAGUCUUCUUCCUCCGUAUCCUGCGCAUCCUGCGAAUCAUGGUGCCUCAAUUCUUCUGCAUGGAGACCGGCUACCUCCUCUUCAUCGCUGCCAUGUUGGUGGCCAGGACGUACUGCGAUGUAUGGAUGAUCCAGAAUGGCACCAUGAUUGAAAGUGCAAUUAUCGGUCGCUCGACAAAAGAUUUCAAGACCUACUUGUACAGCUUUAUCAAAUUCAUGCCACUUAUAGCCUUGGUGAAUAACUUCCUGAAGUUGGGUCUGAACGAGCUGAAGCUGAGGUUCCGGGAGAAGCUCACAAAGAGCUUGUACGACCAGUACCUGCAAGGUUUCACUUACUACAAAAUGGGAAACCUUGACAACCGGAUAGCCAACGCAGACCAGCUGCUGACCCAGGAUGUGGAGAAAUUCUGCAACAGUGUGGUUGACCUGUACUCCAACCUCAGCAAGCCUCUCUUGGAUAUCGGCCUCUACAUAUUCAAACUGACAAGUGCCAUCGGUGCGCAGGGACCGGCCAUCAUGAUGGCGUACCUGCUAAUCUCCGGUCUGUUCCUGACCAGACUAAGGAGGCCUAUCGGCAGGAUGACCGUCACAGAGCAACGCUACGAGGGAGAGUACCGCUAUGUCAAUUCUCGCCUUAUCACCAACAGUGAAGAGAUCGCCUUCUACAACGGGAACACGAGGGAGAAACAGACCAUUUAUUCUACAUUUAAGAAACUGGCGGACCACUUGCAUAACUUCAUCUUUUUCCGCUUCUCCAUGGGCUUUGUGGACAGCAUAAUCGCCAAGUACAUAGCCACAGUGGUGGGUUAUCUGGUGGUCAGCCGUCCAUUCCUAAACCUUUCACACCCCAGGCACCUGCAGAGCUCACACUCUGAGCUUCUGGAGGACUACUACCAGAGCGGGAGGAUGCUCCUGAGAAUGUCCCAGGCCCUGGGCAGGAUUGUACUGGCUGGCAGGGAGAUGAGCCGCCUCUCAGGAUUCACUUCUCGAAUCACUGAACUGAUGAAAGUCCUGAAGGAGCUGAACUCUGGCAAAUAUGAGCGCACCAUGGUGUCCCAUCAGGAGAAAGAAUCAGACGAUGCAGAGAGAGUCAUCCUGGUGCCUGGAGGGGGUCAGAUUAUCAACCAAGAUAACAUCAUCAAGUUUGACCGCACUCCUCUAGCAACUCCCAACGGAGACAUACUGAUCAAAGACCUCACGUUUGAGGUGAGGUCUGGCACUAACGUCCUGGUGUGUGGACCAAACGGCUGUGGGAAGAGCUCUCUGUUCAGAGCCCUGGGAGAGCUGUGGCCUCUGUUUGGAGGAUCCCUGACCAAACCUGACAGAGGGAAGCUGUUCUACGUUCCACAGAGACCCUACAUGACUCUGGGCUCUCUGAGGGACCAGGUCAUUUACCCUGACACCUUUGAACAGCAAAGAAAAAAAGGGAUCUCCGAUCAGGUAUUAAAGGAUUACCUGGACAACGUUCAGCUAGGUCACAUCCUGGACAGGGAGGGCAGCUGGGACUCAGUCCAGGACUGGAUGGAUGUUCUCAGUGGAGGAGAGAAGCAACGGAUGGCUAUGGCAAGACUAUUCUACCACAAGCCCCAGUUUGCCAUUCUUGAUGAGUGCACCAGUGCAGUGAGCGUGGAUGUGGAGGAUUUCAUCUACAGCCACUGUAGAACGGUUGGCAUCACUUUGUUCACUGUGUCCCACAGAAAGUCUCUCUGGAAGCACCACGAGUAUUACCUCCACAUGGACGGACGAGGAAACUAUGAGUUCAAACCCAUCACUGAGGAGACGGUGGAGUUCGGCUCAUAACUGACUGCUGAUGUUGGCCAGAAUCCACUGCUCUGAUAAACCCAGUCCUUCAAUUCUACGCACUCAAGUCAGAAGUUAUAGCUUAACUAGAAAUUAAUGUUUUAAUUAUUUGUGAAUCUUUUACUUGAUUCCUUUUUCACAAUGAUGUUCAUUAAUUUGUUGAGUGUGCUUAUACAAGUUGUAUAAACCAUUCAAUUCAUAAAGCCAAUCCCUUGAUUUGUCUUUCACAUUCAAAGGAUGUUUGAGUGAAGGCCAGAUGAUUCUAAUCUUUAGUGCACACGCACCGAGAGCUAACAGUGUAAUAAAGGUCAGACUGUAGACAACAUGUAGGUACGGGGUUCUCUGAGGCAGAAUGUUCCAUGAUAAACUGUGCACAGAGAAUGAUAAUGAAGUAUGCAUGCACUGAAGAGGUGCACUCACACAGGCUCUGAUCCUGCCAGCCCGAGAGGUUCAACUUAGGUCAUCUGACAGAAGCUAUAAGCAGCCCAGACUGUUCUCAGACUGUUCUCAGACUGUUCUGUUCUCAGACUGUUCUCAGACUGUUCUCAGACUGUUCUCAGACUGUUCUCAGGCUGUUCUCAGGCUGUUCUCAGGCUGUCCUCAGACUGUUCUCAGGCUGUUCUCAGGCUGUUCUCAGGCUGUUCUCAGGCUGUUCUCAGGCUGUUCUCAGGCUGUUCUCAGGCUGUUCUCAGGCUGUUCUCAGGCCGUUCUCAGGCUGUUCUCAGACUGUGUGCAGACUGUUCUCAGACUGUUCUCAGGCUGUUCUCAGACUGUCCUCAGACUGUCCUCAGGCUGUUCUCAGACUGUUCUCAGACUGUUCUCAGGCUGUUCUCAGGCUGUUCUCAGACUGUUCUCAGACUGUUCUCAGACUGUUCUCAGGCUGGUCUCAGACUGUUCUCAGACUGUUCUCAGGCUGUUCUCAGGCUGUUCUCAGACUGUUCUCAGACUGUUCUCAGGCUGUUCUCAGACUGUUCUCAGACUGUUCUCAGGCUGUUCUCAGACUGUUCUCAGACUGUUCUCAGGCUGUUCUCAGGCUGUUCUCAGACUGUUCUCAGACUGUUCUCAGGCUGGUCUCAGGCUGUUCUCAGACUGUUCUCAGACUGUCCUCAGGCUGUUCUCAGGCUGUUCUCAGACUGUUCUCAGGCUGUUCUCAGACUGUUCUAUUCUAUGAUUGUGAAUAGUGUGGAUCAGACGGAGGAACACGUAUGUAGACUGUUAAGUGAAUCCUGUAACAUGUGUAGCAUGUGUUUGUGUUUGGAUGGAAUCAGAACAUGAACCCGUCUCCUGAGUGAUAUUUGGUGAGGCCGCGCUGAAGAAGCUUUUCUUUCUGUUGUAAACAUGCAUUGCCCCAUCAUGUCUGGAUAUAUCAUGUGUAAACUACUAUGCGCUACUUUAUGUAAUCCCUCCAGAGUAAAAUCAUAGCCUGUAUGAUACAUGGAUGUAGUCUCUGUGGCUCCACCCAUUGUUUCCUGAAGCAGAGAUGUGAAGCCUCUUGUCAGCAGUUGCCAUAUUGAAAUGCUGACUCAACCUAACUUUCAGCCCAAACGAGGCAGAGAGGCUGAGCUGAGGCGGGCCUUUAGCCUUCUCGCUAACAGCUACAGUGUGCCUACCUCUCAGUCACGCCAGCCACGCCCCUAAUUAUGUGAAUCCUGUAACUGUAAUAUCUUCAAAUCUAAUGUUUAUAAUAAAUUCACUCCCGUACAGUGUGUGUCCAUAGAGAAAGCAGCUCUUCAGAUUUAAAUCCUAUUUGAAGUGCUGCUGCUAACUGAUGUCUGUAUCUGUUAUAUUAGCCCAACAAGCUAGCACUAGCUUACUUUAUUGUGCUUCCAAAAUGAGUGGUGGAAAGUAACAGGCUAGCACGACUGCACAUGUUUGACGUAGCCUCUUGUGUUCUACUACAGUUAAUCUCAAAGGAACAUUUUUACUGUUGACUCCACUCAAUUUAGAGACAUUCUUCAAUUUGAUUACUAGCACAUUUUCAGAUUCAUACUAUUUUGCAAAGUACAACAAAUGAUGAUAUUUGUGAGUUUAUCUUUGUGGGCUGCUCGGUGAAUUCACCUGGCGAUAUGUAAAUAGAUGAUGAGGUUUAUAGAACUUGAUUUAAUGAAGCUCCAGCGUUAUCGGCUGCAGCAAACACAAACAAUGAGAUGGACACUGAUAAAUCAGAGAUUAAUAAUGAUGUCAUAAAUAUCCUGAAAAAGGC